UAUUACUUGAACAUUCCAUUUGUAGGCUACUGUUCGCCAUAUAUGUUCCUGUGUCACAUUUUGUUCAUGAUGUAUUUCUUUUAUCCAACGCUAAGACACUAUGAAAUUAAUGAAUUUGAACUACAAACACUUUGCAAUUGCUAUGUUUUUAUUUAUUCAACUUUCCAAGGCCUACAUCAUUAAAGAUGGUUGUCUCAACUGUAGGCUACCAGGUAAGUGUCUCAACUGUAUAGGGUACAGUUGAGACACAGUCAAGACAAAAAAUGCACCUUAUGUUUAAAAUAUAAACUACUUAUGGGUAUUAUUGAUUUAUAAUAUUUAACUCUACAAGGUAAGGAAAUGGCAUGUGGAAUGUCGUGUGGAAAAUCACUUAUUUUCAGUAUCUAUUUUUUGUUUGAUUUUGUGUGGGCAAAAAGUGUCUCAACUGUCUACAGUUACUGUAUGUGUGGUGUGUGUGUGUGUGUGUGUGUUUCACCCACCCCACUUUUUAAGUCAUUCUAUCCAAUAGGAUAUUUGAAUAAUAAAGUAUUGUGCCAUUGUUUAAAUGGUAGCCUAUAGCCUAUCACGAUAAAAAAAAAAAUGGAGGGCACUAUAACCUAGACUACCUUAUUUUGAGUACAAAGCCUUUUUUGUUUUGAGUACAAAAGUGCCUUCUCAUUACUUUUGAUGUUGUGGUGAGGUGCAAGGUAAGGGCUGUGAAGGCAUAGGGCCUUCUCGAAAAUAGACAACAGCUAAAAUCUACCCUACUGUAGGCAUACCUUCACCGGAAGUCAAACCCUUCCCACAGUUAGGCUGUAAAUUAUCUGUCAGAGCAGCGCACACGUUCAGAAGCUCGAGCGAUUGGUGGAUGAACUGUGCGCUGAACGAAACAAAGGAUUAUUCACAGAACUCAAGAUUAUUGUGGCAUGUUUGGACUGCCAGUGGAACAGUUAUACGUUACAGAAUGAGCUGCUGUCCUCAGCCACACUCAGUCAACUACCCCCAGGAGGAUGAUGAGACUCUGAGCAAAGAUGGCGCAAUGGACGGUGCCUUGGGCAGCCCUCGGCCAAAACAGUGCAGUCCAUCGUCAGACUUUAACAGCUCUCUCUUUCAAUUCCCAGAUGGCUCUAGGCAGCCUACCAGGACACAGUGCACGGUUUCCAACCUUUCCAUUUCCAGCGAAACGUCCAGUUAUGUCCCCUACCAGCGGCCGCUUGGACUCCCAGCAGGCUACAGCCAGCCAACUCCUUUCCCGAGCCGGACGGAGGAAUCUCAGAGCACCCUCAACCCGCACAAAGGUGUCUGGCACCAUCCAAUGCCCGUCUGUGACAGCUCAUUGGACGGCUACUCAGCUGGACCUCUGCCCUCCUUCAUGAUCUCUGGAAGUUGUUCCCAUUACCAGUCAGAGAUGAGCUUCUCCCGGCCCCACUGCGGCUCCCUGCCCCUGUCAGGGAGGUGCAGCCCCGACCAGAGUGGUCUGGAGCAGCCAUGCUCUCUCCACUCCCUCCCCAUGCCAGCUGCACUGCAAAACUUCCACCUUUAUCCCCACCCACAGUGGAGGAUGGCCUGCUGUGCCCAGUUCCCCAUGGAAGUGUUGAGGAUAGACCCAGUACCCCAUCAGGCCCCUGGGAACCCCAGACCCUACCUGCCCUCCUGCCCUAAUCCGAUUGGACCUUUACACAGAAACAGCAUUCACAGAGACCACAGUCCUGUGAACCCUGGACCAAAGUCGGACACAGCACAACUCUCCUUUGAACAAAGAAAGGUGUUUGUCACAUAUGAGACGGAUAAUGACGAACAUGUGAAGGAGGUCAUCAAUUUUGUGGCACUGCUUAGGCACAAUGGCUUCUACACACAUAUUGACAUGUUUGAGCAGCAGUUCAGAAGCAUCAACAAGAUAGACUUCAUGGAGCGUUACAUCAGUGAGAAAGACUACUUGAUUAUUUUUGUCAUCAGUCCGAAGUACUACGAAACGGUGACCAGCACAACAGCCUACACAGAGGACGAUGAGACCUUAAACACUGUUUACAUUCAUAAGCAGCUUCAGAAUGAAUUCAUUCAGAAUGGCUGCAAAAAUUUCAGGUUCAUACCUAUUCUGUUUCCAGGAGCUAAAAAGUGGCACGUACCCAGAUGGCUUCAGAACACCCACAUAUACAGCUGGCCAAGGGACCACGAUGAUAUUUUGCGACGGCUGAUGCGCGUGGAGAAAUACAAUCCUCCGCCCAUUGGACCACUUCCCACUAUUGUCUCUGUUCCCAUCUAACACCCCCUUUGCGCCAGGAAUUGUUGGGGGAACAUUCUGAAGUUGGGCACACCAACAGAGGCCGACAUGCAUCAACUCUGACGCGUUACAACUGCAUAUAGUUAACGGAAUAUUGGUUAACCGGCUAACAGCUACAGCAGUGAUCGGUGACAUUUAAAGACGCACAACAAGUUCCGUAUUUGUAUGAUUUCACUUUGUCAAUGGACUCCUCCAUUGGACUAAUGAAGAAGGUGACAAGCCGUGACAAGGUGAAAGCAACAUCAACUGUUCAAAUCAAUAGGCUACUUUUCGCCACAUAUUGCAGUGUAUUUUGUUUAUUGUUUUUUUUUACACCAACAAUAGCAUAAUGUUCCAAAAAUAUAAUAAAACAUCCCAAUGUAAUAAUGUAUAUUGUAAUAAACAACAUAAUGCAUAAUGUGA